CAAGCAUUGGAUGGAGAUGGUACUCGCAGAGGUGAAGGCAAUACACCAACUACGUCUAUUCGCCUGCAAUAUAUAUUUAAAUUCCACUAAUAUUUUUUCCGUAAUCAAAAAGUGAGAUAACGCUUAUCAUUUUCCUCUUAACUAGUUCAAUGAAUUUUCACAGCAAAUACUUGUGGGACCAAAGGUAUCUGUUUUUGUUGAUGUUCGGCACCUUGCAAAGUUCUCGUCCUGAAUGCUUUUGGAUGCGCAACGGACCGAAAAAUGUGUGAAGAGUGAUGUCCAAGUAGCGUGUUGGAUACCAGCCUUUAUUUAUUUUAUUCUCUCACAAAACUUUUUUUUUUCUUCUACAAAACAUUUGAAGGAACAUGAGUAUGGAUGGUCCUUCGUUGAAGAUAGUUAUUUUUCUGUGGUGCCAACUGGCGAUCACUGGAUCCAGCAUGGAUAUUGGAGCCUAUGAGCUGGAACGCGGCAGACCAGCAAAAUGUGAACCCAUCGUCAUUCCCAUGUGCCAGGGCAUUGGCUACAACUUGACACGAAUGCCGAAUUUUAUGGACCAUGACAACCAAAAGGAGGCUGAAAUCAAACUGAAUGAGUUUGCCCCACUGGUGGAGUAUGGGUGCGAUGUGCACCUCCGCUUCUUCCUCUGCUCCCUCUACGCCCCCAUGUGCACUGACAAGGUGUCUACCUCCAUCCCUGCCUGCAGACCCAUGUGUGAACAGGCCAGACAGAAGUGCUCCCCCAUCAUGGAGAAGUUUAACUACCCCUGGCCAGACUCCCUGGACUGUUCCAAACUCCCCACGAGGAACGACCCCAAUGCUCUGUGCAUGGAAGCGCCCGAGAAUGACACUAAAACGGAGACGAAGAAAGGAGAGGGCAUGCUUCCGGUGGCCCCUCGCCCCAGACAGCCGGGCGGAAACGGGCGAUCCACGGGCAGCCUGGGGUCCUGUCAGAACCCAGAGAAGUUCCAGUACGUGGAGAAGAGCCAGUCCUGUGCCCCGCGCUGCUCCUCGGCCGUGGACGUGUUCUGGUCCAGAGGAGACAAGGACUUUGCCUUCAUCUGGAUGACCUUCUGGUCCACCCUGUGCUUCGUCUCCACCGCCUUCACCGUCCUCACCUUCCUCCUGGACCCCCACCGCUUCCAGUACCCCGAGAGGCCCAUCAUCUUCCUCUCCAUGUGCUACAACGUCUACUCUGUGGCUUUCGUCAUCCGCUCCGUGGCCGGCGCGGAGAACAUCGCCUGCGACCGGGAGAACGGCGAGCUGUACAUCAUCCAGGAGGGCCUGGAGUCCACGGGCUGCACCAUCGUCUUCCUCAUCCUCUACUACUUCGGCAUGGCCUCGUCCAUCUGGUGGGUGGUCCUCACCCUCACCUGGUUCCUGGCGGCCGGGAAGAAGUGGGGCCACGAGGCCAUCGAGGCCCACAGCAACUACUUCCACAUGGCGGCCUGGGGCAUCCCCGCGCUGAAGACCAUCGUCAUCCUCACCAUGAGGAAGGUGGCGGGCGACGAGCUGACGGGGCUGUGCUACGUGGGCAGCAUGGACCUGGGCGCGCUCACAGGCUUCGUCCUGGUCCCUCUGUCCUGCUACCUGGUCAUCGGCACCUCCUUCAUCCUCACCGGCUUCGUGGCCCUCUUCCACAUCCGCAGGGUGAUGAAGACGGAGGGCACCAACACGGAGAAGCUGGAGAAGCUCAUGGUGAAGAUCGGCAUCUACUCCAUCCUCUACACCGUCCCCGCCACCUGCGUCAUCAUCUGCUACUUCUACGAGGGGCUCAACAUGGACUACUGGAAGUUCCGGGGCCUCGAGGGUAAGUGUUUGUCCUUCCCCGGCCGCAAGAACGAGGACUGCUCCCUGGAGGAGUCUGUGCCCACCGUGGCCGUGUUCAUGCUGAAGAUCUUCAUGUCCCUGGUGGUGGGCAUCACCAGCGUGGUGUGGGUGUGGAGCUCCAAGACCCUGCAGACCUGGCAGGGUCUGUGCAGCAGGAAGCUGGCAGACAGGACUAACAGGAAGCCGUGCAGCAGUGUGAGCUGCAGCAGCACCCACUGUUACUACAAAGGCCCUGCUGUGGUCCUCCACAUGGCCAAGGCGGACCCUUACUCGGACAGCCCCACACACGUGUGAGACUCGCCGCACGGCUCGGGGUGGGGUGCUCGUGGGGGAGUGUGCAGCUGCUAAACUGACUUAAAAGAAAGGAGGUCUUCUUGAGAUGUCAGUCAAUGCUCCACCUUGCUAAAGGGACACAUCACAGACCGCUGAGGGAGCAUCUUAAAUCAGUAUUCGAUUCAAGGGGAAUUGUUCAGUAUUCUCGGUUGACAGUUUCUUCAAAUGUGAACUUCGUAAUAAUUGCGAUAAACAAUUGCAAAAAGGUACAAGACUUUGCAUGGACACAUGUAUCUGUUGAACCAGCCACAGGGAACCCCCUACACAAGUUGUAAUGUUCUAUUUAAUGUAUAUAAAUAUAUAUUUAACUUAAGUUUGCUUUGGGACCUUAACAGUUUGAUCUGAGUAGACAUGCAUCCACUAAAGCCUGAAAACAAAGGAUCUAGGAAAAGUAAGUGCCUGUUAUCAAAGUUGUUGAAUUAAUAAAA